AGAAGGACCAGAGCUGAGGUCUUAGCCUGCUCCCAGGGCCUGGGGCUGCGGAGUGGAAGCCAUCAGUGGGCUUGGAGGGCAGCGUCCCAGCCAGGACACGGCCAUCAGUCACUAAUCUGCAGCCCUGGAAUGUCUGCGGGACAAUCAGUGGGGUCUUGGGGGGCUCCCCAAGGGCGCUAAUAAUCCUGCCAUGAUUAACAGGGGCCUUGGGCAGCCCAGCCUGACUCCUGGAGACUGUGAGUAGCUUCAUCCAGCCUGAGAAGGAAGCCAGGAGGCUGAGCCAGGCUGUGCUCAAAGCGCCUGAAAGGCCCACCAGACCCAUGCUGCAUCCGGAGCCCUCCCCUGGCCGAGGGAGCCUCCUGCCUGUGCUCCUGGCCCUCCUUGGCACCACCUGGGCUGAGGUGUGGCCACCCCAGCUGCAGGAGCAGGCUCUGCUGCCUGGAGCCCUGAAUAGGAAGGAGAGUUUCUUGCUUCUCUCCCUGCACAACCGUCUACGCAGCCGAGUCCAGCCCCCUGCAGCUGACAUGCGGAGGCUGGACUGGAGUGACAGCCUGGCCCGACUGGCUCAAGCCAGGGCAUCCCUCUGUGGCACCCCAGCCCCGAGCCUGGCAUCUGCCCCAUGGCACACCCCACAAGUGGGCUGGAAUGUGCAGCUGCUGCCCAAGGGCUCGGUGUCCUUUGUUGAAGUAGUCGGCCUAUGGUUCGCAGAGGGGCAGCAGUACAGCCACGCAGCAGGGGAGUGUGCCCACAACGCCACCUGCACCCACUACACACAGCUCGUGUGGGCCACCUCGAGCCAGCUGGGCUGUGGGCGGCACCUGUGCUCUGCAGGCCGGGCAGUGAUGGAAGCCUUUGUUUGUGCCUACUCUCCUGGAGGGAACUGGGAGGUCAACGGGAAGACAAUAGUCCCCUAUAAGAAGGGUGCCUGGUGUUCGCUCUGCACGGCCAGCAUCUCAGGCUGCUUCAAAGCCUGGGACCACGCAGGGGGCCUCUGUGAGGUCCCCAGGAACCCGUGUCGCAUGAGCUGCCGGAACCACGGACGUCUCAACAUCAGCACCUGCCACUGCCACUGUCCCCCUGGCUACACGGGCAGAUACUGCCAAGUGCGGUGCAGCCUACAGUGUGUGCACGGCCGGUUCCGGGAGGAGGAGUGUUCAUGCAUCUGUGACAUCGGCUACACGGGAUCCCAGUGUGCCACCAAGGUGCACUUUCCCUUCCACACCUGUGACCUGAGGAUCGACGGAGACUGCUUCAUGGUGUCUUCAGAGGCAGACACCUAUUACAGAGCCAGGAUGAAAUGCCAGAGAAAAGGUGGGGUGCUGGCCCAGAUCGAGAGCCAGAAAGUGCAGGACAUCCUUGCCUUCUAUCUGGGCCGCCUGGAAACCACCAACGAGGUGACCGACAGUGACUUUGAGACCAGGAACUUCUGGAUCGGGCUCACCUACAAGACUGCCAAGGACUCCUUCCGCUGGGCCACAGGGGAGCACCAGGCCUUCACCAGUUUUGCCUUCGGGCAGCCUGACAACCAGGGGUUUGGCAACUGCGUGGAGCUGCAGGCGUCAGCUGCCUUCAACUGGAACGACCAGCGCUGCAAAACCCGAAACCGUUACAUCUGCCAGUUUGCUCAGGAGCACAUCUCCCGGUGGGGCUUAGAACCCUGAGGCCUGGCCGCACAGCUCCCUCGCCUGCCCUGGGUGCACUGGCUCUGCUUACUUGUCUGCCCACCUGUCUGGAACAAGGGCCAGGCUAAGACCACAUGCCUCAGGUCCAAAGAGGUCUCAGACCUUGCACAGUGCCAGAAGUUGGGCAGAGAGAGGCAGAGAGGCCAGUGAGGGACAGGGACUAAAGGUUAGAAGCUGGGGCCCUUCGCUGCUUUUGAUCAAGAAGAUGGGCUUCAAUGAGGGGCACCAAAGCAGAAGUUGUGGCCAGCGGUCCAGAAAGACUGCUUUCUUCCACCUGGCACAGACCCUCUGGGGCAGUGGAGCUUCCCUGUGGCAUGAACCCCACAGGGCAUUAAACUAAGUUAUGAAUCAGCUGAA